CAAGUGGGUUCUUGGCUUGCGCGCAAAGCGCGGUGUGUGUCAGAUUUCGGCAUUAAAGCCUUCAUCCGGGUUUGCUUUUGUUUCGCCGUCGAUGGUCGAUGCGCGCCUAGUCAGCGCCAUCUGAUAGUGGUUUUGAUAAACGGAAUAUUGUUGCGACAUUGUGCGCUAGAGAAUGCAGGCUAUGGACAUGUUCCAAUUGGUAUUACGCAGCUGCUGUACUCCUGAUGAAAACAUGACAGUCAGCCCACAUGGCAUGGAAGUGGCUUUGGCGGCCAUACUGCCCGGGACAGAUGGGAUUCUACGCACAACCCUGACGAAAUUUCUGUGCUCCGACGGAAAGAAUUAUGAUGCCGACGUUACAACCCUGACGUUACGAAUGCCGACGUUACGAAUGCUUCAAACGUGCGACAAACCGAAGUCUGUGGGGGCCUUCUACGUGAAUCAAAAACGGACUCUGGAAAAGGCCCUAUGGAAUAUGGAGCGACAUGACAUCAAUGAACGGAUCUUUGCAAAUUGCACUUGAACUGUGGUUUUUACGACGGACGAAUAAGGCUAUUAAAUUGGAUAAAACUGAGGUAACGCUGUCAGCGCUACCGAUGCAUAUCAUUACGGAAACCAUCGGAUUACUCGCCAGCCUAAAGAAGUUGAAACUUCGCGUGUUUGUGGACUGUGGAAAUAUUUAGUGGAUACUACGAUUGGCCAAGAAAUGGAUUUUCUGGUUUAAGCCCUCGCCCUCUAUCCCACCGGAAGCAUACUACGCACUACGGACUUAACUUGUGCUAACAAGUAGCACUUUGGUACGCUGCGCAUUGUCAAGAUAUUGGGUUUUUUAACUUCGCGAAUGCAUCAAAAUGUACGGCAGACACAUUUUUUUAUAAUUCAAUGAUGGCGUACUAGGUGUUCAAUAUAAAAUUUUCGUGAAAUGUUCGCCAUACGCUAGCUGCUAGUUGACUACAACGCCUCAAAUAACAUAAUACUGGGUUGGUAUGGCUUAAGCCAUGUUUACCCGGUAAGCGCUACUGCAAAGUUCACUGUAAACUGCCGCACUUUAGCCACGCCCCAGCCUUUAGCCACGCCCCAACGCGUUAAACCAGAAAAUCCAUUCGGGUGUCGCGAGUGCACACUAUGUUAUUGUGCAGAAGUGGAAUUUUAAUCAAUUUUAUUGCUGAUUUUACUGCCAUUGCACCAUUUGUGGACCCGUUUAUCCACGUAGAAGCGCAUAAGGGGGACAGCAUGGCGACAGGUUCUGGAUUGAGUUUAUUGACGCAAUAGCUGCAGACAGCGACCGAUGAAGUACUGUAGUAAGAACUUAAUUUAAUACUUCUGUUGAAGUUAACUGAAUUUUGAGGUGAAUUUUGUACAGUUUUGUAAACUGCCGCAGUUGCAAAAGAUCUGAGAUGAUUGUUAAAGUCAAUUUGUACUUCAGCAUUACAUCAUUAUGUGGCCAGCAUUAGAUCAUUAUGACACAGUGUCAUUAUCUCAUGGCGUUUUCCAAGAGGAACACGGGUCGGUGCAGACUAUGCAGUCCCCGUCGUUAAACAGUAUUCCAGAGACUGAAGUUGAAGAGCACCUACUUGUUAUGGAGACAACCUCUUUGGGCUAUGCCACUGAUGGGAAACAAGAGACCUGCUGUGCCGUUAGUUUGAAAUCCCCAUGCGCAAUGAAUUACGGCGUCCUUACUUGCGAUUUGUGCAGAAAAUUUUUCAGGACAAACUGCAACAAGCUGAAACUGAAAUGCAAAGGAAGAAAAGGCGACUGUGUGGUGCAAAAUGUUUACCAGCCAUGCAGUUCGUGUCGUAUGAAGAAGUGUCGGGCACUUGGUAUGGACCUUUUGGCUAAACGAAAAGUACACCAACAACUGGACCGCGCUACCCUUGAAUCGAGGCUCAUCAGUUUGCGGAAUCAUCGAACUCCCAAUGUUUAUGUACUGAAGGCUGUCAAGGCUGUUGUUCGCAAGUGCGAAAGUGCGGAGGACGUGAACAAACUACUUUACGCAGUGGAAAACGGAGAAGUGGAGGAGACAGAAUGUGUGCGGUUUCCACACAAGUCCAUUAAGAUCGACAAACAUGAACAUCUUAGUCAUGUGCUUGUGGCUAAAGCGUUUCGCUGGAACCGAGUCAGUGAAGAUAAAGUCGUUUCUUCGCACAGCUGCAAAGUCAAUCCCGGAUAUGUGUGCAUUAAUCCGUACCAUUACCGCAAGAAGAAGCAAGGACCAGCUGGAACUGUUUGCGUUGUUACUAACUGCAACUUUUCUACAGUAAUAAAUCCCACUGUUGGAUUUUUUCGACUGCCGGACAGAGAAAAAAGCAGAGAGCGGUAUCUGAAAUUUUUCUCCGCGUGUGCCCGACAAGAUUUGGACAAAUCGGGUUUCAGGAAGCAUCACCGAAUCUGCGGAAGGCACUUUUUGGAAUCGGACUUUAAGUUUUUCUUUUGUUCUAAUAUCAGGGAUAGCGACGGUCUAUUCAGAGAAAUUAACUAAUAUUAAACUUUCAGGAAAUGAAGCAAGCUUUGUCAGAGUUGCAGCCGUCUUCUAACAGGAGAAAAUCUUUGCCAAAACCUACAUGGACUGGUCUGCACGUUACGGUAUACGGGUCCGAAGAAGUGGCCAGGCGACUUUUAAAUUCAGGGUUCCAGUUUGUUCUCCCCGGUAAAAUGACCAGUGACCCAAUAGAGAGGCUGUUUUCGACAUUUAAAUACGGCUCCGGAAAGGUGACAGUUGGGAAAGUCAAAGAAGAAGUUAAAAGGAUGGAAACACUGCAGCACCUUACGGGCACUACUAAUGUUAGUCGAAUGGGGCGCCAAAAGCGGAAAAAUAAUGAAGUAAAUUUUUCAACUUCCCCGCUGAAGAAAAAACGUAGGCUGGACCAGCCACUACGCACGGCGGCCUUUAAUUUUGAAACAGAACUCAAUUACUUGCGCUCGCUGGGAGAUUUUUCUGUUCAGUCGCCGUGCGAUAUUUUUGGGGAGCUGCAGAAUUUAAAUGCUGAACUGUGGACUUCAGUUCAACUUGUCACACUAACCUUUGAAAAUCCGGUCACACUAAGCAGUUCCAAGAAAGAUCUUGUCACUACUGGGUUGACUGAUCUAUGAGGUUAUAUCGUUUCAAAAAUUCAGAAAGGAAAAUUUUCCUGCACCUCUUGCAAGGCCGGUAUUGGCAACAUGUUUGGAGUGAUUUUUUCGGAGAGUGGCGGAUUAGUCACGGCACGGUCGCGUACUGAUUUUGGUGGUUUAAGCUUGCCUUGUCCGCAACUAAGCGCGCUUUUGCAGUAUGCACUUGGAUUUUUCGAAAAGUUGCAAGAGAUUAAUGAUUUUUACAGAGGGGAUCUACAUUUGGAAAGAGCACUCAAGUUGACUCUGUUAAAUAUGGAAUUACAUAGCUUUCAUCCGCUUGGUGAUAUUUGUUUAUGCGAUCUUACGAAAUAUUUAGAGUACGAAUGUUUGAAGCGUUUUUAUAAUACUGCAUUUAAAAAUGAUGUAAAUGAGCGCCGAGCACUUGCUCUGAAGAGAACAUACGGUGCUCGAAAAGCGGUACCGAUGUCUACAGAUCCCAGGCGAAGCACAGUGAUGUUGUUAACGCCAUCGACUGAGCGGUUAGUACUGAAAGGUGCGCAUCUUGACAGGAAUAGCCGGACCCUCGCCUAAUUUUUCGAAUUGAUACAAUCAGCAUGGAACGUGUCAGCGCAAAGACCGUCAAGGAAACUCACGGUUGUUCUUUACCAGUGCCACUGGAAUAUUGAAGGUGAACUGGCGGAGGAAGUCGAGAUGCUGGAUUCGGUUUGCUCCAGUCUGGUCUUGCUCUGUCAGGAUCUGGUAUGGAUGGACUGGAUAUUCUCAUUUGGCAAAGGUUACUUCGCUAAUGAACCGCUAUGGUUGGGGUCAGUGAAUCCCAGUUCAGCAGACCGGAAAACGCAACUGUGCGGACUUUUGUAUAAGACGUUGCCCGUUGUGUACCAUUUGUGUACGCUGAUUUGGCGAUCAACAUCGCAUUAGAAAAGUUCUGUGGUCGUGUCAAGGAAAUGAUCCGCGCCAGACCCCUAAGACCAGCGACUUCUGGUACUAUUGCCUGGACGAAAGACGAACUGGACACACUAGACGUUACGACAUUAAGCAGGCUCACGCUCUGCGCACUUAGUCGCCAGAUGAUUGCAAGUAAAGCGGAGUUCAAUAUGCUGGGACCAGAAUACGAUGUCACGGAAUUAUUCCGGUCAGAAUGAGCGCCCAAUCAAUCGAAGAAGUUUUUUGGUUAUCGUUGUCCGAGAAAAUACCCCAUUUUGCGUUUCAUUUUGUUGGAGAUCUUGUGAUAAUUAAUUAUAAUGCGAUAUGUAUAGAAAUACUUACUGGUAAUCGCACUCGGUAAUGGUUAGACAUUGUCCUGCUUUAUUCCAUCAUUACUUACAGGAUUUGCUCGUUUAAUUAGGCAGUUUAAUUUGUAUGGAAGUAUGCAUCUGCGACACAAGCUACCGAGUAGCCGGACAAGCGGAGCAUUGC